CCUCCUACCUCAUCCUCUCAAUUCUCUUCCUCACCAUGUGCGAAGCGCAGGAGACGAUGCCGCGUCCCUGCCGCCCAAAAGGCGCCUGCAGCCGCUGCGGCGGCCGGGCCCUAUACGUCGUGCGCGACCUCGUCAUGUGUCGCCCGUGCUUCCUCAAACACAUCCACCACCGGCUGGGACGGACGAUGAACGGCCCUUUGUCGGGCUCGUCACGGCCUAACGUGACGAUGCGCCCGCCUGCGCAGCCCGGCGCGGCGCUGAUCGCGCUGAGCGGUGGUGCGGGGAGUAUGGCGCUCCUCGACUUUCUCGCGGAGCGGAACUACUUCGGCGUCGCCGGCGCCGAGUAUGACAUUACGCGCGGGCGCGUGCCUCCCGUCUGGGCGCGCGCGUAUGCGGUGCAUGUGGCUUUUCCCGAUACGUGGGCGACGGACGGGCUCGGGGCGAAGUUGAGGGAAGCGGCGGAAAGCAGGGGGCUGACGUACAUCGAAGUGCGCGCCGCAGAUGUUUACGACACCGCGCUGGAGGAGCGUGUGCGCGCGCAGCUCGACGGCGGGGUGGUGGACAGCGCCAACGCCAACGCCAGCGAUAACGCGUCCCGCCUCGACGCGCUUUUGGCGUCCGUGGCCGCGGCCUCGCGACCCACGCUCCUCGCUCACAUCCUCGAUGCGCUGCUUGGCUCCGUUGCCGCCGCGCUUCCCGUCUCCCACCUUCUCCUCGGUGAAACAGCUACGCGGGAGGCACAGCGCGUGAUUGCCGGCACCGCGCAGGGGCGGGGGUGGAGCCUGCCGCUCGAUCUGGUCACGCUAUCGUCGCAGAGCGUCGCACGCCUGCGGGGCGCGCGUGAGCUCAGCGCCAAAGAGGCCGCACUGUACUGCCACGCGCGCGGGCUCGAGAGCUUCAGCUGGCGCGCGCGGCGCGGAGGCGGCAUCGAGGCGCUGACGGAGCGCUUUGUGGCGACGCUCAGCGCGCGCCACCCCGCCACAGUUGGGGCGAUCACGAGGACGGCAAGCAAGCUCCAGUUCACGGGUGCGGGCAACGAGCCGCGCUGUCCGCUGUGUUUGAGGCCUGCGGAUCCAGGGAUUGCGGAGUGGAAGGCGCGCGCGUCGCUAACCGCGCUGCCCGGUCGCCAAGGCGGCGAGAAGGCGCAGGCCGAACAACUCGAGCCGCUGCUCUGCUACGCUUGCGCGACGACGCUCAAGGGCCGCAAGGCGGCCGAGCUGCCGCCGUAUGUCCUGGCCGAGGCGGCGGCGCAGCGGCCGGUAUCGCGAGACGAGAUGCGCGCCGCCAUCGCCGACUGCCUCCUGUAGACUGCUAUUCUGUAGACUGCUAUUCAUAACAUUGCAUGUACACCUACACCCGCCCCGGCCCUCUAUAGACAG